AUGUCGCAAAGCCAUGCUCUCUCUGAUGAUCAGGUUGCGGGCGAGCUCCGCAAGAUGACGGCCUUCAUCCGGCAAGAAGCGCUGGAGAAGGCCCGUGAAAUCCAACUCAAGGCCGACGAAGAAUUCGCAAUCGAAAAGUCCAAGCUUGUCCGCCAGGAGACCGCCGCCAUCGACUCGCUCUACGAGAAGAAGUUCAAGCAGGCUGCCAUGUCCCAACAGAUCACCCGCUCCACUCUCGCCAACCGCACCCGUCUCCGUGUCCUUUCCGCUCGCCAGGAGCUUCUCAACGACCUGUUUCAGCAAGCCCGCGACAAGAUCUCCAACGUUGCGUCCAAGGAUGCCAAGAAAUACCAGAACGUGCUCAAGGGGCUGAUUCUCGAGGGCCUGUAUGCUUUGAAUGAGGACAAGGUAUCCAUUCGGGCGAGGAAGAAGGAUUUCGACGCGGUCAAGAAGGCAAUUGAAGAGGCAUUGAAGGAGUUCAAGAAUAAUGUUGGCAAGGAAACGACGGCGGAGUUGGACGAGGCCGAUCCGUUGCCGGAAGGAUCCGCUGGCGGUGUAUUCAUUGUUGGCGGCCAGGGCAAGAUUGAGAUCAACAACACCUUCGAGGAGCGCCUGCGUUUGCUUGAGAUUGACGCUCUGCCUGCCGUCAGAGAGACACUAUUUGGAAAGAACGCAAACCGGAAGUUUUAUGAUUAG